AUGUUAUUAUUACCAGUGUUAAAGGCAAGUAAGCCUGCACGUGUUGUUGUUGUUAGUUCAUUAGCAAACAAGCGUGGUGGAAUUGUUUUUGAUGAUAUUAAUUUUGAGAAGUCAUAUGAAAAGUGGUUAGCAUAUGGACAAAGUAAAACAGCAAAUAUAUUAUUUGCUAAGCGAUUUAGUGAAUUAUAUGCAAAAGAUGGUUUGGUUGCUCAUUCAUUACAUCCUGAGACCAUUCAUAAAUUACAUGACCCAACUGGUUUAGGUAAACAUUUAACAGCAGAAGAUCAUGAAAUGUUCAAAAAGUUACCAGCUAUGGAAUUUAAAACGGUUGAACAAGGUGCAGCAACAACCGUAUGGGUUGCAUUAUCACAUGAAUUGGAUGAUAAACAAGGUGAAUAUUGUGAAGAUUGUUCAAUUAGUCUAGGUGUAACUGACCAAGAACAACGUUAUGGUAUGAAUCCGCAAUGUGUAGACCCAGAAAGUGCACGUCGUUUAUGGGAUCUAAGCGUGAAAAUGGUAGAUGGUAUUGAUGAUUCUUCCGAAACUGCUCCAUCAGAUACCCAUACAACAGCAUAA